GCUCAAAAACGAUCAAUUGCCUGCUGUGUCAGCCGCACGGCUGCAGGCUGAAGGGUAGGGCUCCAAGCCCCCACGCCGCCUUCGCAGCGUUUCUCUCCAACUUUAGCAGCCUCCAGGACUCCUGCCGCCCGGGAGUCCAGCCGUGCCCCCGCUCCCCGCGUCAGCACCCGCGGUACACGAGCCCACUCCGGCGACCCCAGCGCCACAAGCCUAAGCGGGAGGCGAAAGAGCUCUACUUCCGCGUCGGCGAGCAGCGUGGGCCGUGACGUCGCCGCGCCCUGACGUCAGGCUGACGUGCAGCGCGGUCACCCGGGAGACCGGGAAAGCCGUUCGCACCCGGCGGAGUCCAGGGCUAGGUGAGAGACAAUGGUUUCCCUCAGCCCCUAGACGAGCUGGUCCGCCCGGACGCAGUUCCGGAGCGGAGGCGUGCGGGCUCCCGGCUGGGCGCCGCCCGGGAACGCGAGGCUCUGCCUCCUCACCCCCCUCCCGCUACCUUCCGGCCGGGUCGGUCCCGAGGGAGCGGGGUUACAGGGGAGCGGAUUUCAAAGCGCUUCUCCAGCCUGGUCUGGCCUUGCAGUUGGUUUCUAUUUGGAAAUUCCCGCCGCUUCAGGAAGGUCUUAGAACGUGAACUCCGCUUCCCCUGUCCCUGACUGCUCACUGCGGGUGAUUCACGCCAAGGGAAUGGCUCUUUACGAAAGGGCCUGACAGCUGAACGCCGGUGAAUGACCCGACGUGACACGGUGCGAGGAAGGGAAUCGGAAGUGAACAAUCAAGGGUGUUUCUGCAGUGAAACAAAGAAGUCUUUCUCGUGAUCGUGUCAGAGAGCACGCUCACAAACGCCGACGGAACUGUGGCCACGUAUCACCUCUCCUCGUGCCAAAGGGCAGUCUUCCGUGUGUGUUGUAAAAGAUCACGAGGAGUUUGUUUGAUAAAACGCUCAUGUAAGAGUACAUUAAAAGUUGCAAUUUUCCCUGUUUCCUAACUGGAAAGAGCCCUCCCGGUCUUGAAGAACCGAGUAUUUGCGAAAGCUUCUAUUCCUUUUCAUAGAUUAUUUUGCUUCAGGGCUCUCUCAAUAUUUUGGGAAAGUAUGGAUCGUCACAUUCCCAUGCAUGCUUUACCUGAAGAAAUCCAAAAGAUGUCUCCUGAAGAAAAAGUUUGUAACUACUGUGGAGUCAGCUAUCUAAUUCUUCAUGAAUUUAAAGCUAUGGAAGAAAAAGUGAAAGCAAUGGAAAAAGAGAUGAUAUUUUAUCAAGGAAGUGUAGAACGUGAAAAGAGACUUCAAGAAAAGCUGCAGUCUCUUAGCCAAGAUUUUGAACAGUACAAAAUUGACAAUGAGUCCAAAAUAGAAAGAAUUCAGGAUGCAAGCAUGCAGUUAAAAACCCAAGAAAGUGAGUUUCAGAGAGUACAGAAAGAACUGAGUUGUUUGCAACAUGAGUUAAAAAUUAAACACAGAAAAUCACAAAUCUUCAGUCAAAGAUUGUCGGAGUUCAACUAUUUCUGGAAGAAGACUCUUUCAUUGCUUACUUUUACUAAAAAGGAGCUAACCACUAUUAAAAAUGAAAUAUAUGAUAAUUUUCAAGACUGGACUUCACUGAAAGGAGAAGUUUUUCUACAAAUUAAAUCUAUACAUGAAGCAGCCUUGACAGAAAUAGACACAUUAAAUAAAAGUUUGAGGGUGUCCCAGAGAAAUAAGGAAUGCCUUGAAGAGGAAAUGAAAACGCUCAAGUUGUUCUCAGAUGCAGCUAUCUUGAAAUCUCAGCAGAUUGAGGCAUCUAAAGAGCAAGAAGUAAACUUGCAAGCCAGAUGCUACAACUUGGAAAAAGAAGUACUAGAUUUACAAUCUCAAGUAGAGGCCCUUACUUUAAAACUCCAGAAGACAGUGACUGAACUGGACAACUAUAAAGAAAUGCUCAAGAUUAAAUCUAAUGAAGCUGAUGACUGUCAAAAAGAACUUAGAAAAUUGAAGUUUGAGUCCAUUAUCUCCGAGUCACGGCACACUAGGUUGCUUAAAGACAAAGAGGACUCUUUAAUGACUUGUCAACAAAUAUAUAAAACUUUACAGGAAGAGCUGUCUAUAAAGGAGAGGCAAGAAGAAGACACAAAGAGAAGAAUUCAGCUCACUGAAAGUGAAUUGCAGAUCGCCAAAACUCUGCUGACUCAGACAAAGGAAGAGGUCGUAGCACUGAAAAGUGAAAGGGAAUUGAUGCUGAUUUCACAUCAGAAAAGCAUUGAGCAGCUGCGGGAAACCCUGAGACAGAAGCUGCUGAGCGAUGAGAACUGGAGGGAGAAGAUUGAAGCUGAGCUUUCCAAGGAAAGAGCCCGACAUUUAGUUGAGUUCGAAGAGCAAGCUCUUCUCUUCAAGAAAGAAGCAAAACUGGAACUUGAUAUUGAAAAGGAAAAACACCAAGCAAUAAUCCAAAAGUAUAAGAAAGAACAAGAAGAACUACAAAUGAAGAUAUCUGACUUAAUCAUGGGCGCUACAAGAGACCUAAGGCUGGAAGUGGCAACUCUUGAAGAAAAACUCCAUGAAUCCUACAUCCGAUACACUGAAGAUUCCGAGUCAAAGAAAAAAGAAAUUGAAAACCUUAAAAAUGUAGUUGCAGAAUUUCAAUCUCGCCUGAAGAAGGAAAUUAACAAUAAUGAUUCAGUUUCCCAAGACUUGAGGAAGGAAAUGAAACAGAAGUCAGAUGAACUGGAAAGAGUAAUGCUAGCACAGACACAACUGAUACAGCAAUUCAACCAGUCCCAGGAAGAGAACACUGUUCUUCAGGAAACAGUGCGCAGAGAGUGUGAAGAACGCUUUGAACUGACGGAGGCGUUGAGUCAAGCCAGAGAACAGCUCCUGGAGCUCAGGAAGCUCCAGGGAAGCUUGCCGUCCUCACCAGGUUACCACAGCAAGGGCAGUCUAACCUCCUCUGUGGCAGCAGUCAGGGAUCUUGGAGAGAGAAGCCCUGCGAGACUGCACUCUGAAAAAGGACUCAGAAUCCCCAGCCUGCACAGAACAUCAAACCCCAUCGCUUCCCCAACCUCAGAGAAGCCCAAGAGGGCCAGCAGUUCCGGCGUCCCUGUGCUCCCCGCGCCGCGUCCUCCCAGGGGCCCAACGGCUUCAGUAAACGAGACCAGGCAGAGGUUGGCUGCCAUUCUUCGGAGGAGGCUGAGCCAGCAGUGACUGAUCCGGAGUCGGGAGCAGCUCCACAGGGCGGGCACCCUUUUCACAGUGUCAGAGACGCAUUGCACUGAGGAUAACAAAGAUCAAAUACAUCUACAGGUGUAUUCAACAAAAGAAUGUAGAGAGAAAAACUGUGACGCCAUAUUUUCCAGAUUGUCUUUGAAAUUACAAUAGAUAAUGAAGUUGUAGGUAUUCCAGAGGGUCCAUUUCUACAUUUAUGUAUUAUAUGCGUUUAGAUGUGUUCUAUGAAUAUACCCUUCUAGAAAUCACAGGUAAAAAGAAUUUCCCUCAUAGUAUCUUUCUUUUUUGUAUCAUUACAAUCAGAAAUAUUUCUACCAAAAAUAGAUUCUAUAGGUUUUA